CAAGAGAGUAAUUCACUUAGGGAAAAAGUCACAGAACUUUCUCAAAGUCUAACAGACAAAGAGAGAGACUCUCAGAAGGCAAAGAAUGAAAUAAAAUCCAUGAAAGAAGCCGAUGAAAAAAUUGGACGGAUCCUGAAAGAUAGGGAACGGGAACUCAAAGACAAAGAAAGGUUAGGUGAGGUGGAAAAGUCAGAACUGAGACGUGAAAUAGCAGAACUUUCCUAUGCUCUUGUGGAAAAGGAGAAACAUGCACAGGUAAUGGAACAGGAAUUAAGACUUAGGGGUGAGAAAAUUGAAGCUCUUGGACAAGUCCUGUUAGAUAAAGAGCAGGAAAUGAGCAUGAAAGAGAUAGAAAGACUGUACCUGAGACGGAAAGUGGUAGAACUUUCUCAGGUAAGAUCAGAAAAAGAGAGGCAGGUAGAAGUGACUGUUGCGGACAUGAUGUCCCUGAAAGUGAAAAGAGGAGAAUUUCAACAAGUUCUAAUGGACAAAGAUCAAGAAAUGGAGCCAAAAGAUAGAAAAGAACAGGCAGAGACUGCCAAAGGAAUGCAGUUUCUGGAUGGGAACAGAGAAGACCUGGACAACCAGCAAGAGGAAAUCAAAGCACAAGGAAUGGAUAUUCAAUACACAAAAGAGGAUAUAGGAAUAUAUGAGAUGGAAGAAGACAUUAAAGCUCUUUAUCAUGAAAGAGAAGAAUCUAGCAAGAGAGAGAUGAUGCUCAGACAGAGGCUUGAAAAAACAGAAACUGCUCUAAGAAAGAUGGAGGCUGAUGAAAUCUCGAGGAGAAAGAGCUCUCAGGAACUGGAAGCUGGAAAGCAAAAACAUAAAGAAUGUGACAACUGCCGACACACAGCCUCCAGCAAGUAGUGAUAGUCUGCAGAAGAGGCUGGAGGUCCUGCAUGAGACCGUGGCCCGAUUGGAGAACGAGAAAACCUCC